AUGGUGACCAAAGUCUUGCCAAUCAGUGACCACUACGAGCCCGGAGGUAAUUUCUUCCUCGACGAGGAGCGGGACCAGCGGGACGAUGUGGAGCUCUUCGAUCGCGCGCGGCAGAUCGAUGCACGAGACCGAAGAGAGUCCUUGGAUGGUCUAUUGAGCACGCAGUCCAUCGACUCAGACAACGCUGGGGCCAAUCUGCCGCGCUUGGAAUCCUUCGAAGGCAGCAGCCUUUUGGAGCCCGGCGGCGCUGUCGUCCCCGCGGGCGCCGCGGGCGGCGCGGACCCCGACCGCGGCGGGACAGCGGCCUUCGUGGCGCGCGGUGUCGACGGCCGUGGCGCGCGGAAGCCGAAGGCAUCGCUGCUGCUGUUGGUGGUGAUUGCCUUGUGGAUCGUCGACCUGGUCUUUGCCAUGGACUCGGUGGCCUCCAAGCUCGCGACGGUGAAUGACCUCUACCUCAACGUCGCAUCGGCAGCCUUUGCAAUGAUGGGACUGCGGUCGUUGUACUUUCUGAUGGAGUCCUUGGUUCAAAGCUUUCAUAUGCUGAAAUAUGGCAUCGCAGCUAUCCUGGUCCUCAUUGGCCUCAAGAUGGUCUUCUCCGUGUGGUUUGAGAUUUCCAACAGUGUCACUUUCGUUUUGAUUAUCGCAAUUUGUAUCGCCAGCGCCGUGUCCUCUUACUGGUUGCCUUCAGUACGCCAAAGCUGCACGGCCCUUGUGGCGGAGGAGGACAACCUCGAGACCCUGCCGGAGGGUGAUGGCCGAGAGGGCCGGACCAGCUUUGAGGAGGUGGAAGAGUUGGAGCCCAUGACACCAUCCAGGCCGGUGGCGAUGCCGGUCAAAUUCGACGACCCUUGA